UGUGGCGAAGUCAGUCACAAACCGAUUCCGAUGUCGUAUGAUCUUGUAUUUGAUGUUAUUUCAUCAAAUAUUAUUACAAAUAACCUUUGUAUCGUGUUUUAAGUGUUUUACGCGAAAUUAACUACGAUUUAAGUGCGAACUAGAGCCGAAUAUCUGUGUAUUUCGCGAGUGUUUCAUAGUGUAAAGUGCAACUUUAUGAAAAACAGUAAAACUCGCUGUUUUCCUAGUGCUUUUACUUGUUUUAGUGGAUUAUCUUCCGUUAUAGGAGUUAACGGAGCGUUACAAACCUUUGGUGCUACAGUCUUUGUGUAAAAAUACUUUAAUUACAGUUUUACCCAACUUUACAAUUUAGAGUGAAUGAAAGUAUAUUUUACACAAAGACUGACUUCGAUCUGUAAUCUCGAUUACAGAUAAUAAAUAACUGAAAGUGCAGUGGUCUGGCGUAACGCCAGCGUGGACUAAACACGAUUUUAACAAAUCCAGUGACAAUGUGCUCCUCAAACAUGUAUACCAACAUAACGAACUGUGUGCGAAAGUGACACCUGUCAAAAUGUCGGAGAAAAGAAGAAAGAAGACGAUAAAUUUUAUUAAAACCAUAAGGACUAUAUAGCGAUAGAUUUUUAUUUUAAUAGACUUUUUUUUAAAACCAAUACUGAUCUCAUAAAGUGCUCAAUUUAAACAAAACAAUGAUUUCAUUGAAGAAAUUGUACGGGGACGAGCUGCUGCGGCUUGCUCUGGUCUUAAGCCUACUAAAGGUGGACCCCAACGAUUAUUUAGAGAGGGAGACCCAGCAGAUGUUAGCUGGUCUCCAUAUUUCAAACGGAUCCGAUUGGUCUCUAGAACAGGAGGCCAGGACCCUAAUAAGACCAAGAUACGUCCAUCCAAAAUCCUUAGACAACAUUCUAAUUAACUACGAGAGACAAUUAUUCGAAGAACUGAACUCCUUAGGACGAUAUGGUAAUCCAGAAACGGAAUAUAAUGAACGGAUUUGGAGUAACAGGGCGCCGAUACUUCAUACAUAUUUAGUUAAUAAUGUAGCGACCGACGCAGUCGCGCCACCGCUCGCCUCGGCGACGGUUACCGAAAAUGCUGAGGAUUCAGUUUCGGCGGACGAUAACGUAGCUCAAGAAGUUAAAGUAGAAGAAGAGGAAGGAGAAGAAGAAGAAGAAGAAAGGAACAAUGAAGAAAGACCAGACGCAGUUGUUACUCUAUCCGCAGAUUUCCUCCACAAUAGAACGGAAGAAGACAUUUUCGCUGAAAUAGCCUCAAGGUCUUUUGACGUCAACGAGCUACUAGUACAACCAUCCGAGAUGCAGAUCAAGAAAGAAGAUGAGGACUACGAAGUCCACGUAAAGAAGGAAGCAGAGGAUGACUUGUAUAGCGACAACGCUAUAGAUUUCAUGCCCUUCUUUAGCACAAAGACUGAGAUGGAAUUCGGGGAAGCGAAUUCUGUUUUGCAACAAAAUAUGGCUGAUCUGCAAGAGUUUAGUGACGUUGAUGAGGUUAAAGAACUGAAGCAUGAUCUAGAGUAUUUAGACGUGAAACAGCAGCAGGAGAAUUUGGAACAGUAUUUAUUGGAGAACACUCCUUUAGAUGCUGAAGUAUAUGAACUAGCCCCGAUGUUUGAAGAAGAAUUAGUCCUGAAUGUAAAGAGAGAAAGAGCCAGCACAAGUUUCACGGCUAGUUCUAGUGGUGUUAGUGAUAUGGAUGCUUCCACUGAUGGUUUGGAUGUCAAAAUGGAGCCAGAUGAAGGUCAUCACACUGGUGACGAGCUGACACAGGAGGACAUGGACCUCAUCGAGGUGCUUUGGAAGCAGGAUGUCGACAUGGGAUUUUCUUUGGAGGACCCUGUGCAACCGGAAGGUCCCACGGCAACCAAAGUGCUUGGAGAUGAGAUUGAGAAGGAACUGAAGCUCGCAGAAGAGAAGAUCGUGAAGAAGAAUGAAGAGAAAGCAGAGAUUGAGAAGGUGAAGGCUUCGUUACUGGACUCCGAGAUUAAAGAGGAUGACCCUUGGGCCGGACUCUCUUAUAUCGUUGAUACGGAAACAGGUGAAUACGUGAUCCAAGGUGACCUUCCUCGUGAGCUGGUCAGCAGUGAAGAAUCCCGUUUUGAUCUUUUGGAAGAAGCCCUUGGCCUCGUCGAGCUCGGCGAGGAGCCGGAGACCAAGAAUGAACCGCCGGAAGCGAUAGAGGGCAGCAGCAGCGGGUCUACAUCCAGCUCGGAGAUGCUUCACCCGGCGAUGCGGCAUGUGCCGCAUCACCCGUUGGCGCAUUACCAUAAUCAGUCGUUGAUGCGGUCUAUGUCAGUGGAGCAACGCUGGCAGGACCUGGCGUCUCUGCUGACCAUCCCCCCUCCCCCUCCACCGGACCAGUACCAGCACUACCACCACCACCACGCCCACCAGCAUCCGCAUCCACAUAACAUUGCUGCCCACGGCGCCGCGGGCGGCUAUGGUCCGAACUACCACGCUGCCAUUCCUCCUGUACCCGAAAAACAUCCUGAAGCUUAUGGAGGCGCUGCAGCACCGCUGGACGGUGCCUACAAGGUGGAAGCGAACCAGCACCCUCAACAACAUGAUCCACUCUACUAUCAGAAUGCGUCAGCUGAAAUGGCUGGUCCGACCAACCAGGAUGGGUUUCUCCAGUCUAUCCUGAACGAUGAGGAUUUGCAGCUCAUGGAUAUGGCUAUGAACGAAGGAAUGUACACGAUGCGUAUGCUGGACGGCGCAGGACCGCACCAUGCUCCUCAUCACACCCACUCACACAUGAUGAUAACAGAGAGAGAUUCGGCCUCGGACAGCGCCGUGUCGUCGAUGGGUUCCGAGCGUGUGCCAUCUCUGUCUGACGGGGAAUGGUGCGAUGGCAGUGAUUCCGCCCAGGAAUUCCAUAGUUCGAAAUUCCGGCCGUAUGAUAAUUCAUUUGGACGAGAACGGUCUGCGCCUCAUCAGCCACAGAAGAAGCAUCAUAUGUUUGGAAAGAGGUGCUUCCAGGAGCAACCAGCUCCUACCCUAGAUCCUGUCGGUAGACCUGGAGUCGUGAAGUACGAGUGCCCAGAACAGACAUACCACCAUGAUAACAUGCAUAUGCAUAAUGUUCCAGACUUCACUCCUAGACCACAGCUGGCGCCACCGCACGUGACCAACCUCCACGCCCCAGCGCUGGACCUCAACACUGCACACUCCAGCCAUGCCCUGCUACAGAGCAAUAUCCCGAGCCCGGCUCCCCCCCGCUUUGCGUACGGCACCCCGGAGCGCGUCCGCCACAACCACACGUACUCCGCGCCCAUCGCUGCCAACGACCAACGACCCGCCGCUGUACGGGACAAGAGAGUCCGGCGUCUAACAGACGGUAGCAUGUCAGACGGUGGAUCUUCAGCUACAAGCAGUGGACAGCAUCUGUCCAGAGACGAGAAGCGAGCUAAAGCACUAGUGAUUGCAGGGAUUCCCUUGGAGGUGCAAGAUAUCAUAAACUUGCCAAUGGAUGAGUUUAACGAGCGCCUGUCCAAACAUGACCUGAGCGAGGCACAACUAUCGCUCAUACGGGAUAUACGGAGACGCGGGAAGAAUAAGGUGGCAGCCCAGAACUGCCGGAAACGCAAACUGGACCAGAUCACAUCCCUCGCUGACGAGGUCCGCACCGUCAGGGACAGGAAGCAGCGGACGCAGAGGGAACACAGCUCGCUACUAGCUGAGAGGCAGCGGGUCAAGGAACGAUUUGCAGCGCUCUACAGACAUGUAUUCCAGAACCUCCGCGACCCUGAAGGUAGACCGCUGUCAUCCCAACAGUACUCCUUACAGCAAGCCGCCGACGGUAAUGUCGUUCUUGUACCGAAAAUGCCACAGCACCAAGAUCACCCAAUGAAUCGCAGUAAUGACGAUGAUAUGGAUAGAAAAGCCAAGAGCUACGACCAGUAAUUCCGCCUAAUCAGUUCCCGAUAUGGUAAAACACAAACAAACACACAAGACUACAAACAACGCAAUAAUUGUUAAUAUACAAUUCUAGUAAUAUAAUCUAAAAAAAAACACCCUUUGUUAUCUGUGACUACAAAGUCAAACGUCAAAAUUGAUUUGUUCAAACCAUUUUAGAUUUUAAAAGCUUAAUAAUAAAUUCUAUAAUUCAAUAACUUAUCCGUUAUUUAAAUAAAUGGCUUAAAACAUAUUAUACACCUUCUUUUCAUUGCUACUUUUUUUCUAAAUACAUGUAAAUCAUAGAGUAAGAUAAUAUUGUUAAUGUUAAAUGGUUUUAUUGAGCUUGAUUCUGCCAAUCAAGCCCUUUCUCUUGACAUCCAUAAUGGAGGUAGUUGUGGAACAUUAGAUUAUAUUGUAUGGUCAUCAAGAUUAAGAGUGUGUACCAAAUAUCAGAUCGAUCUGUCGUCAGGAAGGGGGCGAAAUUACAAUUCCUAAUGACCCAAACAAAAAAACGAAGCAGGCUGAAUAAAACCGUUUA